AUGGCCCGUUUCUCUCCAAAGUUCAACGCUGAGGGCGACGGGAAAAAACGGGGAGGUGCUGAGAGCCAAUCCGAGGGCGCUCAAGCCCCUAAGAGGAGGAGAUUAGUCAAAGUCUCCUCCGUCGCCCCGGGGUCUGCAGUCGCCGGCUCCUCCAACCCCGGCGUUCAACCCACCGCUGUCGCUGUGUCCAAAGGCAAGAAUGUUGCCGCCACUGCUACCAUUGCAAGCUCCCAGUCUCCGACUGGCGGGACGAGCCAACUCCCUGCCGCCAAAGCUUCCGCCGCCACGGCCACCAAGUCUGCCACUGUCACGGCUCCCAAUUCCGCUACCGCUGAAAAAGAAGUUUUGAGCCAGGGUAUUAAUGAGACCAAGGAGGAGACCCUUGCUUGUCUUCUACGCGCUGGGUGUAUCUUUGCCCACGCGUUUGACAAUUUCAACGCCGCCGCUGCUGAAACUAAACGGUUGAAGGCUGAGAGUGCCCAGCACCAAGAAGCCGCUGCUGCUUGGAAAAAGCGCUUCGACAAACUGUUCGAUCAAGCGGGAAAGGAAAAGGUUCAUGCCGACAAGUUGAUUGGCGCGGCGGGGAACAGGAUCGGCGAGCUGGAAGACCAUCUGAAGCUGAUGAAGGAGGAGGCGGACGGCCUUGAUGCAAGCCUCCAAGCUUGCAAAAAGCAAAAAGAUCAAGUAGAGAAGGACCUGGCCACCAAAGGCGAGGCGCUGGCUGCCAAGGAGUCAGAGCUUGAAAUAUUGGGCGCUGAACUGGAGUCAGCGAAGAAGGCGCUGGCGGAGCAGGAGGAGAAGUCUGCUGAGUCUCUGGCUUCGGCGAAGGCAGAUCUGGAGGCGGUGAUGCGAGCUACUUCUGAAGAGAUCAAGAAGGCGGACGAGGCUCAUGGGGCAGCCCUCGCCGCGAGAGAUGCUGAGAUUACUUCCCAUCUUGCGAGGAUCAAAGAGCUAGAGAGCGAGCUGUCGGUGGAGAAAGCCAAAGCCGCUGAGGCGAGGGAACAAGCCGCUGAUAUUGCCUAUGACAAUCGCGAGCGCGGCUUUUACCUCGCCAAGGACUAG